AUGGAGGACAGGUCAUUGUAUGGCAACAGCAGCCGAUCUCCAGGACCCAGUGACAGAAGACCUGCUGUAGACAGUGCUGUCUCUUUUCCUGGAUCCAGUGACCAAAGACUUGCCGUAGACAGUGCUGUUUGUUUUCCUGGACAAGGACAACAUUGGCACAACAACAUUAUCCCACAGUCAUUGUCUAGAAGUGUCAAUUAUUGCCCAGAUUCUUCUUUUGAGAGGCACUUCAACUAUCUGGAGACUACACAAGGUGAACGUGUUCAGUAUCGUACUUCAGCUACGGAUCUGACAAACUCUGGAUAUCCACAAGGUGCUCCUGUGGAUUUUUCAGGAAGACCAUGUUUUCCGGGGAUGCCUAGCACUUGGAGUGUGCUGUCUCCAAUGUCAGACCGCAUACAGCAACCGUCACAUUAUGCUACGACAUAUAUGUGUGUGAAUGAAAGGGCAGAGUUUGCAUUUCCGACUGCUUCAAAGAAUCAGCAGGAAAGGAAUGAAACAGCAGCAGCCAUUGACAGAGACAGUCAUUUGUUGAAGGAUGUCGGAAGUAGAUGUGUAUUGUCCGAAAGGUGUGAUGUGUCAGACUGGGGUCAUACUGGGUCAAGGCCAGCAGUGACUGGCAAAUUGCAGAAUAAAUUUGUGGAUUCAAAAGAGCAAAGUGUCACAGAUACAAGUAAAGACGGAAUUGGAAAAAAUGAAGAUGAAACAGAUAAAGAUGGAGCUUAUAAAGGUAAAUUUGUGACUGGAACAGAUAGAGAUAAAGAUGGAACUGUAAAAAAUGAAGAUGGAGCUUAUAGAGGUAAAGGUGUGACUGGAACAUAUAAAGGUAAAGAUGUCACUGGAAAAAAAGAAACUAAUAAAGAUGUGACUGGGAAAGAUAAAAAUGGAUCUGAUAAAAAAGAAACUGAUCUAGAUAAGAACUCUAAGGCUAUAGAUGCCAGUGCGACACAACAAAACAAUGUGAAUGUGCCAGGCAACAUCUCGAACAGUAAUUUGUCAGCUGACGAAACCACAGAUGAUGAAGAUAAGGACCAUGAGGAUUUAGACAGUGAUGACAGUCAGAACAGUUCUAAGGAUGAGAAAGAUGGAAAAGAGAUGCAGUGUUCAGAUCAGUCGUCAGUUGAUGGAGCAGUCGAUGAUGUGGUAUCAGUUGACGGAGAAGAUCAUAAUGAGGAUGUGGUAUCAGUUGACGGAGAAGAUCAUGAUGAGGAUGUAGUAAUAGUUGGGUUGGUAGAGCAACCACCUCCAGUGGAAGACUCUAGCAGGUUUCAGUGUUCACUGUGUCAGAAUUCUUACAAGUUUAAGAAAGGAUUGAACAGACACUUGAAGAAAACUCACCCAGGUCAACUCUCUGCCAUCUCUAAGCAAGGUCAGCUGAUGGGCAGUGUCUCUUUCAAGGAUGCCAGACCCCACGGCUCCAAAACACAGGCAGCAGAUGGUACACACCUUGAAGUCACCUACGGCAGCGACUCUUCUGUGCGUGCAUUUUCCUGUUCGCAGUGCUCGUACAAAGCAAAGAAGAGAAAAGAUUUGAAGAAACACAUGGUUGUACACUCCACUCUGAAAGUUCACAAGUGCUCACUGUGCACAUUCUCGUCAAAACGAAGAUACAGCUUACGUCGACACCUCAAGACACAUGCACCCUCGUCUGCCAGGAGUUAUGAAUGUGCGUUGUGCAGUUUUAAAGUUAGCGGCUUUGACAGCUUCAAAACUCACAUAGGCAGUCAUGUGACAUCCUCGACCAAGUCUUGCACCAUCUGUGGAACCGUGAUCAGAGAGAGGACAAACUUAAUUGAGCAUAUAAUCCGUCAUUCCAUGGGACAGAAAGCAGCCUGCAGGGACUGUGAGACCAUCAUUCUCCGAUGUCGUAAGUACAUGAGUCAUGUGUUAAGUCACAAGGCCGGCAGUCAGAACCAUGUUUCUCUUGGGCAGGGCACGUCUUCAGCCAGCAGGUCUCUGAGAUCUAGUCUGCCAUCAAACAAAGGAAAGUCACUCUUGAAUAAUCUGUCCUUGGAAUCAGACCUGUCAGAGUUGUCUGCCCUAAAAUCCAGAUUGUUACAGAUGUCAGAAGUGGCCAAUUUCUUCAAUGACAAAUCUAAACUGGUCAUACAACUGGCUGAACUAUCAGCUCUAGCUACAGAACUGGCUGUAGCCUCAGGAAAUGUCCUGCAGUCCUACAACAUGGCUGGUGACAUCCAUUGGGAAACACCUGGCCUGGCAGAGUCCAUCGAUGCUUUGGAUUUAUCAUUUGUAGAAGAAUUUGCACUGUCCUCAUUGUUCGGUGCAAAUAUGGCUGCUGUCAAAGGGGAGUAUCCUGCGAACCAUUAUCCGGCCAUGGAUACUGACAUGCAGAUUGAGGUUGACUUUAAUGGAGAUGCUGUUUCUUGUAUCCAGCAGGGUAAGCGUAUCCAGCAGGCAGGAGGAGCCCACGGUCAGAGAAGCAAGCACUUGGUUUGUACCCACUGCAACAUGGUGCUGCAUGACUUCUCCAGCCUCAAGCGCCAUCUGGACAUGCAUAUGGAUGUCAGGCCUCACAUUUGUGACAAAUGCGGUCAGUCAUUUCGCCGUAAAGGGCACCUGAAGAAACACAUGAUCACUCACUCAGCAGACCGGCCAUUUGUUUGCACAGAGUGUCAGUACCGGACAAAGACGGAAGACCAGCUGAAUAGUCACAUGACCUUCUGCCACUCACAGAACGGGGAGUUUCCUUGUCAACUGUGUAACUAUUCAGCCUCGGACAGCUUUGAACUUGGCCUGCACAUGAAGAAACACAAACCCCAGACAUGCCCACAGUGUGGCUGUGUCUGCUACUCUAGACAGGAGUUCAAUAAACAUCUCAGCACUCACUCGUCAUUUGACUGCACUCAGUGUGAGUUCAGUACUGGGUGCAGAAGAGAGUACAACAGACAUAUGAGGAAGCACUCGGCUCACUGCUUCAACUGUGAAUUGUGUGGCUACACCUGCAACAGCAUGAAGUUGUUCCAGUACCACAAACUGAGACAUGAAAACAGAACCCCCUACCAGUGCCCCGACUGUGAGUACAAGUGUAGCUCUAGAGCCAGCUAUAGAUGUCACCGGUAUAAGCAUGCUGGUCUCAAACCAUUCCUUUGCUCCAUCUGUGGGGCCUCUUUUGUGAAAUCAUCGCACCUCAGCCAGCACAUGCUGAUACACAAAGACCUGAAGGAGUUUAAGUGCAGUAUGUGCGCCUAUAGCUGUCGCACCAAGCAUAACCUCAAGGAACAUGAGAUGACACAUACAGGCGAGAAACCAUACGUGUGUAUGUACUGUAACUUCUCUAGCCGCCGGAAGAAGGCCCUGUUAAUUCAUAUGAUGAAACAUGAGCGAUUUUGA